CUUGAUAGUGCUGCACAGAUUGGCUAAAAUGAGAGACGCCACUUCAGAUUCAAGCAUGGAGCCUUUGAUCAAUUCGAGGAAUCCUGAUGUGAUCGCGGGAAACAAAAUAAAAAAGACAAACUGGAGAUCAAGACCGCUUUUCAAGACCUUCCCUUUGAGAGAAUAUUCCAUGAUGCAGAGAAAAUCAGACAGGCCAACUUCUGAAGAGUUGAGUCAAUGGGCAGAGUCUCUGGACAAUUUGCUCAGCAGUAAAUGUGGAAUUACUGCUUUUCGAGUCUUUAUGAAGUCUGAAUACUGCGAGGAGAAUGUCGAGUUUUGGGUGGCCUGCGAAGAGUUUCGAAAGAUCAAUUCAAGAGCGAAACGCAGAUCCCGUGCGAAACGAAUAUACGAAGAAUUUGUCAGGGAAGAUUCACCGAAGGAGAUUAACUUGGACUUUCACACAAAGGAGUCUGUCCUCCAAUGCCUUCUUUUCCCAUCACGGUCCAGUUUAAAAGCAGCCCAAAAUAGAGUUUACUUCCUGAUGGAGCACAACUCGUACCCUCGGUUCCUGGAGUCUGAACUUUACCAUGAACUAUGUAAAUUUGUCGAAGUAGAGAGAUAAUAUUAUCUUUAUAGAGUCUUCAUUGAACUUAAGAAUCGGUCAGUUCAGUUUAGAAUGGUGUGCAUGUAAAUAUUCAGGAGAGGUGUUCUGAGCAAUCGGGUGGUUGUAGUUUUACUGAGUGGUCAUUUCAAUGUAUUUAUAAUAUUUUGCAUAUUUUGCACAGAUUUGUAAUUUGUUAUUAAGGUGUCAACAUAAACUGUCUUUUAUAUCA